CCCGCAUCUGCGAACUGCCUAGUUGCAUCUCUGGUGUUCUGCUCCAAGUAUGUAUCCCAAACUCCGUACAAUGUCGGCAAUCGAAACGUCUCGCGGGUUCUUGGCAGGCACGGGUUUCGAGAGUGCACGCUACUGCCUGUCGCGUCCGUUGCCCGUUGCCGCUAAUGUCAAUGGGCGGAAGCAUCUCCGAUCACUGCCGCUGCUCUAAGUGACCAAUCGCUCUCAGGACCUCCUUCCUGUGUUUCUUCCUCUUCAAUUCUUCAAGUCUCCAGACUUUAAACGUCUGCUCGUCGUCCGCUUCGAUCAGCGACCCAUCUCAAGACAUGCCUGAACAUAUAGGACUGUUGGUCAUUUCGUGGCGCAUGAACCUAACUGAGACCUCAACGUAGACGAUGCCCAAGAGAUACCCCUCCAUCCUGCCCGCGCAGCCUGGUGAUCCCGUACUCGCACCGCCACCUGGCUCCGAAGCUGGAUCGUCAACUGCACCCUCUCCUAGCAGACUAGGCCUCAUGAGAGAGUUGCCACAGCGCAAACGCGUUGGAACACAGCUCGCUUGCAAUGCUUGUCGCAAGUCCAAGACUCGCUGCGACGGCCAUCGGCCGUGUGUUGCCUGCCGGAGGCGGACGUCUGAAUGCGUCUAUGCCGAAAGGCCCGUCGACGACAAGACGGAGCUCCUAACAUUGCUCAAGUCGAUGCCCGAGCCGCAGGCUUUUGACCUGCUUCUGGCAUAUAGGGCAAUGGGCGAUCCGGCUGCCGUCUUGUCCAGCGUCAGGGAGUCCCAGAGCCGGUCCAAGGAAGAUGAACCGAUCACGCUGGUGACCACAUCGCUGGCUGCGUUGGAGGACGAACUAAAGACUAGAAAUCAUGUCUCGUACCCUAGGUUGCCACCGAUCCCGGCCCUGCUAUCAGAAAGCGUUCUUCUUCAACCUGUGAGAUCGGCUCCAAUCCACUCGAAGGACCAACAAGACAUGGCCGACAGUAUUUCUCGAAGCCAGCCGGAACCAGAUGGCACGGAUACAGCCGAAUCAUCUGGCUUUCAUCCCCGCACAGUUGCCAACCCAUUUCGCAUUCGAGCAACGCCGGAUGACUUGCCGGCUAGCUAUUGCGACGAGCGCCUUACCCUCUUAGACAUUUCCUACUGGACUGAUGUAGUAGUCGCGGACGAGUUUGCUGCUCGUGUCAUCUCACUUUACCUCGAGACGGACCACCCGCUUCUUGGCUUCUUCGACCCAGACCUCUUCAUCACUGAUUUGGUCAGCAAGCAACACAGGUUCUGCUCACGCUUUCUUGUUCAUGCCUUACUCUACUGGGGAUGUCAAAUGUACAGCGCUAUUGAUCAAGAUGCAAAUGUUUCCGCCAAUUCUUUUUGCGAAGAAGCAUUGCUGCUGUGGAACAUGGAGCGCAACACUGACUCACUUCUAAAUAUUGCCGGGGCCGUGCUUCUGAGUCUAUCUUUUAUAGGACACGGUAAGGACCACGGUGUCCUCGAGUACUCUGCUGCGGCCGCCCGGAUGGCGGCGCGACUCGGGCUCUUUGGGAUGGAAGAUAUCCCCGACGCGUCUCGUAAGACGCUGUCUAAUGAAGAACAGAGCGCUAGCUGUUACGCCGCAUGGGGAAUCACAAACUGGACAACAUUCUUGUCGCUCUUCUACCGGCAGCCUGGCCUGCCGUGCCCCAAGCAUCCCCCAACGCUCCCAAUCCCAGGAAAGCAGGAGACAGCUUCGUCUCAGGAACCGUCCAACUCGAGCAACAUUACCCUUCGGCAAGAGCCAGUACUCCCUCGCUACAUGGGAAAGACCUUUCCCGCAUUGUGCGAGUUCUGGCAAAUUCUUCAGGGGGUUACCAUGCGUUAUUACCAAGGCACAAAUAGUCCUGUUCCUGCGCAUUCUGAUCUCGAAUAUGCGGAGUUCAAAUUCCGCGAACUCCUUGCAUGGGCCGAGAACCUACCCUCUGAGCUGCAGCGAGCAGAAGACAACCCGCAUCAUGUGGUUAUUCUUCAUCUUUGGCUUCACGCAGCCAUUCUUGAUAUUUUCCGACCCUUUAUACACGGACUACCGGCAGAAAGAAAUCUGCUCAAGACCUUUGGAACUCGCUCAGCUAGUGCCGGCGACGUGUAUAAUGCAUCAGUGAAUCAGCUCAAGCGCCUCAUCAUUACAUUUCGUUCCAAUUAUGUCUCGUCGACGUACACAAUUCUGUGGCACACAGCACUCACAUACCUGGCCAACGCCAUGUUGCAGGGCCAAUCAGACCCGGAAUGGCACGUCUACUUCCUCCUGUGCAUAUACGGCUACGAGGGACUGCGUCGCCCGUACCGUAUUUCCGAGUUGAUUGCGCAAGGGCUGCUGUCGAUGACAAUGCGAGACAGUGACAUUUCUGGGGCCGAGGCGCGGCGACUUCUAGGUCAUAUGAGAGAAAAUGGAUCCAGCCUGGACCAUAUCCAAGGUAAAAUCCGAGCCACAUUCAUGGCAGACUUGAAUCUAGCCAUGAAGGAUCCGGAGGCGGCCCGCGUCGAGAACCUGGCCGAGAAAUUCGAGGAAAUGGUGCUGUUCUUGGAGUACAUCAACUUUGACAUCGAUAGUCCCAUGAAGGAUUCCGCGGCCUAGGCAAUGCGGAUAAGGAAUGCUGUAGGCCAGUCUGUUUUGUACGUUUGUGACCCCGUUUGGUUGUUCUUCAAAAUUGUCGUUUCCUUUUCAUAAGCCCAGGCCGUAUUAGGUGUUCCGGGGAAAUUCCAGUUUUCAUCAAUAUCAAUCUCAAUAUGUCAACCUGAUGGUUGAGCGCUGGCAAAAUUGUUGCUAGAGGUACCUUCUCCGUUUGGCCACUUUUUCAGUUGAUCUCAGAUCUCCAAAUUGUAGUACUACUAGGCAUUGAAGUCCGUUUUCUAAAACUCGAG